UCGAGAUCGAGUAUACGACGACGGUUGACGAAGUUUUGGCCCGGCUGUGGAAGGAAGAGAAAGAGAACCGCGAAUCCGCGAUAGCAAUAUGGCGGAACAGCAACCUCAUCAUUUGCCCGGGGUUGGCGAGGUUGAAGUCGAAGUUGAGACUAUGUUAGAACCACAACAAGAAAUCCAGAUAGAAACACAACCCAUGAUAGCACUACAGCCGCUCGCAGAGCCCGAACGGGAAGAAGUUGUCGUACAAACGAGCGAGGAAGUCAUAGACGAGUCGAGACAACACGAAGCUUUGGAUAUCUCACCGCCUCGAAACAAACGCAAGGGUAGACCAGGACGGUACAAAGGAGCAGGAAAACAUAGCAGGCUACAAGGUACGCGGGGUCGUGGGGCCAAGAGGGACGAAGAAGAUGGUGAUCUCGAUCAGAAAGGUACGCGAAAAUGGGAGCAGAGGCAAGUUCAAGUGAAGACGCUUGAAGGCGAAUUUUCUGUCGUAAUGUGGGCGUCGGGUACGUGAAAUUGUUUUAAACGCCUCGUACGAUACCUCCUUCUUCGCAUAUGUUUCUGAUUUGGAGCCAUCUUACUUCAAGCAGCCCGAUUUGGGCAUUUUGCCGUGCUAACUUAGUGUUCAUUUUGUUUCUUCGCAGAGGACAAAAACCACGAUCUUGACCACGAAGAAGACCAGCCAGACUUCUCUGAGUACAUGACAGGAAAGAAACUGCCCCCAGAAGGCUUCCCAGGCAUCGAUCUCAACGAUCCAAAACAACUAGCCGAAUUUGCAAGGUAAAAUGUACAUUUGAACACAAUUUGUUGUUCUGGCGGCCAUUUUGUGCGGCCAUGUUGCUUCUCUUUCAAACAUGGCCGCCAAAGAUGGCGGAUUUUCACGCUUCGAAGUUCGCGCGUUGCGGCUUUGUUUUUGCUUUUACAAACGAAUUUUGUAUUUUCUUAAGAUCUUAGUUUAAUGGUUUCCCAAUUUUGCGGCGAUAUUUGUUCAAAAUAUGCGUUGUACAGACUUUUCAAAGCAAGCUGGCUAGAAUCAAUCAAUGUCUAGAUUCUAGAAUACACUAUUAAUUAGUCUAAAAUAAACAUAUCUUCCCGGAUCCUCCGAAAUGCACUAGAUUUGAUAAAAAAAAAACUUGUAGGGGGGCCAGGGGCAGAUCUAGCCUCGUCUGCAGGGAGGGGUGCAGGUUUUCUAUGGGGUUGUGCAUGAGGAAGCCUUUUACUGCCCACUCUCCUCUACACUACUACCCCAACAUUAGUACUAGUGAAUAGUCAUGGGCGAUUACCGAUUAUUUGGUAUCGAUACCACCCAAUACCAGGCCCAAACCGGAAGUAGUUGAUACUGCAAGGUAUCGAACAAGUGUUUUGAUUACUUUUCAAAUUAGACAUUCAUUAUAAUUUUAUUAAUUCUAAUAAAAUUUAUGUACUUUUUUGUUUUCUGCUGCAUUUAUCAAACUUCCUUUACUUUAUUUGACAUUCUAUCCAUUUGCCUUAUUAAUAUUCCUGACCUCGCCGGCAGAAUAAAUUAUGAAAAAGGCGGGAAAUAUAUUGUUACUGUUAAAACUACGUAACUUUAUGAAAAUAUAUCGUUACUGUUACAGUAGAAGGCUACUUCUGAACAGUUGGCUUUUUAUUAAGUGACUUACAUUUAUUAUUUUGAAAAUUGGAGGAAGUAAUCGUUUGGGUAAUCGAUACCUCGAUACAUUUACGAAAAAGUAAUCGUUAUCGAAUUGAUACUGCCCGUCACUAAACAUUACCAUUAUUUGAGAUGGCUGAAUCUGCAUGUUUGCCGUUCUGUUACGUUUUACGUUAUCUUUUAUUUAUAAAGUAUAUAUCACUUUUUAUCACUUAUGCAAGACUGGACAGUUGCUGUAGCACAGUACAGUAAAUGUACUUCUUUUAAAAGUAUUAAUAUACAGCUUGGCUGUAUAAUUUAAAUUAUUCACACAUAAACCGAUAAACGUUUGUUUGAAGGAACCUAAAACACCUACAGAAAAAAAACCAUCAUUGACACCAACAUUCCUUCACAAUAUAGAUUUUUUACUGUUUUUCAUCUCAGUGUUUUCAAUAUAAAAAUUUCUGCAAUAUUUUAUAAAUUGAAUAAAAAAAUUGUGUUCGUAGAGAUCCAUGGCAUUUUCGUCUUGAAACAAGUCCACAUAGCAGAAUGAAAUAUAUUUGACAAGGCGUAAAAAAUAUACCUGUGGUUCCGGUUCCCGACCGACCCUAUUUUUUUCUGCCGACCCUAUUAUUUUUUCAGCACGAUUAACCUUGCGACCCUAUUUUCUCUGGGUGGUUGCGGGCUACUGCCAAAAUGGUGUCUGUUGUCACACUAAUGAGAACGAAUCGUCUCUCAAAAAUCGUCUUCACAGACAGACAAGUAGUCGAACAAUUCAGACGACUUGUUCGUCUAAAAUUUUGUCCGACACGUUUUCACAUCUGAUGAUUGUCCGACUAAAAGACGAUUUUGAGACGAUUUGUUCGUCUGGACGACUUGUUCGUCUUCUGAUGUGAAAACGGCUAAUAACUGUGUUUCAUGUUUGUGCUGUUUUGUAUUGUAUUUUGUUCUAUUUUAUUGUUUUGUAUAGUUUUAGAAUGGUAAGCACCUUGCAUGGGACUUUAUGUCUUGUUCGUGCUUGAUUUUGUCCAUUUGAGUAUUCUACUUAUUUCUACAUAGAACUGUUGUGUUUAAAACGUUGUAGAACUCUCAAUAAAAUUGUUAAAAAAAAAAAAUUUAAUUAUUGAAAAAACCAGGAAAAAAAUAUUUAAAAAAAAAUUAUUUCCGACCUACCGACCCUAAUUUUUUCGCGAUAUGAUUUGUUUUACGCCCAAAGAUGGCAAAAGUAAUACAACCUGUUAUAAAUUGUUUAGGAUGAGACCUAAGAAGUCGAAAGAUGAUAACGAACCUCGAACUAUAGCAUGCCCACACAAGGUAAUGUCACAAACAAAAUUAUAAUAAUAAUUAUGUGAUAAGUUGGUGUAGACAACAAUGCUAAAGACAAGAAAUUUUCUUAGGGAUGUACAAAAAUGUUUCGUGAUAAUUCUGCGAUGAGAAAACACCUUCAUACUCACGGACCUCGCGUUCAUGUCUGCGCUGAAUGUGGCAAGGUAAUUUAAG